AUGUCGAAUCAGGAGCUUCUUCCAAUCGAUGUCUCGGGGGACGUGGGUGCUAGAAUCCUGAGUGUUGAUGGAGGAGGAGUACGGGGUCUUAUUCCUGUGCAAUUACUCAAAUUCUUAGAGCACCAGUUGCAGAAAUUGGAUGGGGAAGAUGCCAGACUAGUUGAUUAUUUCAAUAUAAUGGCAGGUACCAGCACUGGAGCUCCUACCUAUUUUCCAUCUCACCAGUUUACAACAAAUUCCAGUGACGGAAAGACCCAAGUUUUUAACUUAGUAGAUGGAGGAGUAGCGGCUAAUAAUCCUACCUUGAUAGCAAUGAACUUAGUCACUCGAGCAGUUCAUCAGGAUACAAGAAUAGUCGACAAAAAGGAGCACCUUGACCACUUUAUUGUACUUUCUCUUGGAACGGGAUUAGAAGAGGGUAUUGAAUGGGACGCAAAAAAGGCUGCCACAUGGGGAAGCUUGAAGUGGAUUACUCACGAUGGAAGAACGCCUCUCAUAGAAUCUAUCAUGAAUGCAAUCUCAGGAAGCGAAGCAAAGAUGGACCUCAGUACGGACGAGAACCUGAGGAAUCUUGUGAAGAAAGGCCAGGAACUAUUGGAUAAGCCUGUUAGAAGUUUAAAUUUGGAGACUGGGCGUCCUGAGACAGUGAAGAACGACUACACAAACAGGAUGGCAUUGACUAAAAUGGCUGAACGACUCUCCAAGGAGAAGAAGUUGAGGGAUAAACGGAGCGCAUCUUCUGCACUUUCUAUGAAUGGCCAUAGUGUUGGAAUAAACAUCUGA